UGAGCCGUCGACGGUGCUGUCUGAUCUGAACCCGAUGGCUCGACCAUGGACUCCGGAGCGGGACCCCACUCCAGAGGAUGAAAGGUGUUUAUUUGUUACAUUCUCCAGGGGAUACCCUUUGACCAGAGGCGAGAUCAUUGACUUCUUUACACAGAACUGGGGUGAUUGCGUGGAGAACGUGUACGUGGAGACUUCAAUGGCUCAAGAGGGCCCUCUGUACGGACGGGUGAUAUUCAAUACGCGGUCGAUGAUAUCCCUCGUUUUGAAUGGGCUAGAGAAGGUGAAGUUCAGCGUAAAUGGAAAACCGCUGUGGGCGAGAAUGUAUAGGCCUAGGCGAGUGCACUCCUAAUCUCUGUUUAAGGCAAGCUCUUUGGGACCGGAAUUAUCUAAAACACCUAGGCUCUUUGGGCCCACAUGCUUUGUCUGUGAAAUCCACUCCGUCCAUCAUGUUACCACACUUUUAUGGUUGUGGCCCACCUGAGUUUUUGAUCCGGAUGAAUUUUUUUUGUUCCCUUCUUCUUGUUGAGUCACUGAGUCACACCUCAUGAAUGGUUUUGAUAAAAGAUACUCAACAAGAUGGUGACAAACACAAACCAAUGGUCAACAUCCCAUCUCAUUUUUUACUUGUGGUGUGGCCAAACUCAGUUGUGGAUCUUGAUGAUUUUUCAUCCAAUGGCCUAGCAUGGAGGAAUGCAUGCCUGAAGAUGGAGUUGAUUUUGCAUAUACAACAUGGUGGGCCUAAAAAAGCCUGAGUGUUUUACGUAUCCGGUCAUACGGUAGGGAGGUGAUUUUUAGACACCCUACUCUGGAUAGUGAAGGAUGCCAUCAGCCGCACAUCACGACAAAUUCAAUUGGCCAUUGCAGUUUAUGUUGAAUCUGAACCACUGCUACACUGUCUCUAAGCAUCCAUUUUCCAUUAUUUGUGGGCCAAGGAAGAAUCACGAGGAGCCCUGCCUGAUAAACGGUUUGGAUCUCACACUAAUUGUAGGACACUUGAGUUUGUCAAACCUAUACGUGUGGCUGCAAACAGCCUUCGACAUAUUGAUUCAACCACCUUGUAAAUGUCACGUAUGUAGGCAUAAAAC